AGAAACAAGCAAGGGAUGAAGGAGGAAGCAGAGGCGCAGUGAGAAAAGCAGAGGAGAGGGCCGGGCGUGUGGAUCUGGGUCAGGCGCCUCCAGCCCCAGGCUGGCGGCAGUCGGAGAGGCCCAGGGCCAUGUGGCUCCCCUGGGCUCUGCUGCUUCUCUGUGUCCCAGGCUCUUUGUCUCUGCACGGCCCCAGCACAGUGACAGGCACCGUGGGCGGAUCCCUGAGCGUGCAGUGCCGGUACCAGGAGGGAUAUAAGCCAUUUGCCAAAUACUGGUGCAGACAACCAUGCUUGCCGUUCUUCUCUGAGACCGUGGAGACCAGCGCCUCUGAGGGAGAGGUGAGGAGGGGCCGAGUGUCCAUCACGGACCAUCCUGGAAACCUCACCUUCACAGUGACCUUGGAGAACCUCACUGCAAAUGAUGCAGGAAAAUACCGGUGUGGGAUUUCCACGAUGCUGGUGGAAGAAGGGCUUUCUGGCCUCUUGCCUGAACCCUUUUCCCAGGUUCAAGUGUUUGUUUCCCCAGCCUCCAGCAGCAAGAGCUCUUCAAGGACACCUGGACCUCCGAGCCAAGACCCAGGGUCCCUACUCAGCAGCGUCCACUUCCUGCUUCUCAUAUUCCUGAAGGUGCCCCUGUUUCUGAGCAUGCUCAGUGCCGUCCUCUGGGUGAACAGGCCUCAGCGGGCAAUUUAUGGGCAAGCAUAGUCUGACGAAGGCAACCCACAGCCGUCCUUGCCUAGCGAUGUCCUGUCCAGAGACACUGCCACUCAACCUAGAGAAGACAGAACCUCCGACCCUGAACCUUACAUCCCUUUUCAGCUUAUUACCAGAGACUUUAAAAACAAACACUAAAAAGAUUUUAAUGAGAUAUGACACCUAUGCAAAAGCAUGUUAAUAAUGUACAUGAACAGUGUGCUUUUCCUUAGAGGUUUGAGACACAAGACAAGAGAACUCAUUCCCCACUGUGGCCUCCUAAAAAUGGGGUCUAAGGCAGACCCCUGAAGCUCUGUAGGGUUUCUCUUUACUCCUGGGGCAGAUGAGUCCUACCAGGGCGACUGGGGUGCUGGCUUCUCCCUGCUCUUCCGACUAUCAAUGAAGUGAACAAGUGUGAUGUUCCCCAGAGUGUGUAAUCAAAGUCCCCUCUCCCUGCAUUGUGACAGAACGGAAGAAUUGCAUGGUCCCAGGGUUCACAAUGAGUGUGUUGUUCUCUUCCCAAGUAAAUGUGAACUGCUCCUGACCAUCCUUCUUCACAGGGAUUGAAAAGAAUGCAUCAGCCACACGGAUAGCAGCGCACCAGGCGCCAGAGGCAGAUCUCGUAAGGACAGUACGUAAGAAAAACAAUCGCAGCUGGGCUAUCAGUUGGUCAAGUUGAAGGUGGUCCAUUGUGACGUGACAGGACACAUCUGAGUUUGUCAAGAAUUGGGUUAGUGAAUUAAGUAGGUGUUUUAAAAUCUAUCCAGAGUUUGUUUUCAAAGGGCGCUGUGAGAGAUGCAAACGUGGGAACGACUGUUAUGGAAGAAGAAGUUUAUGCCCAUAAAUCUCACCGCACCAGCUGUGCGAGGAAGCUCAGGCAGCCCCAGGGUCAGGCAGGGGGCAGAAGGAGAGAGAGUAACUGAAGGCGGGGAACUUCCUGUGGCUUUUGGGGGAAGGAAGGGGAAAAGCCAGGGUAAAGAAACCAAGCAGGUUUA